UCUUGAGAGGGUGGGACUUAUGCGGGUGUCGUGACGUCACGAAUCGCGACGGAAGUGUCUCCGUACGUCGUAAAAGUGCGCAGCGGUUCAUUGAAUGGAGCAGGAUUGGAAAGCACUCUUUAUUUGUGGUUUCAUGAUUUAGGUGAAUACAGAGCAUUGCGAGUGAAGCAGUGGAGAGAAGAGAGUUCGCGGGAGACGAAGAAGGCGGUGUUUCGGCGGUGGUCAGCAAGCUGGCGCAGGUAGCAGGGUGCCCGUGGACGAUGAGGGACAGUGGUGGCAGCCUGGGGCAGAAUCACUGGCAGAGCAAGCUGGCCCUGACAGGGGAGCAAGAUGGGUCCGACGAAGAGGGCAUCGUGGGGGAUCAUCUCAUGGACCAGGACUUAGCCCACCGUGCCUCCAGUCCCAUGCAACUCAAACUGGGCCAACAAGAGAGAGUUUGGGAGUCAGAAUACAUAGAGCCGGACAAUGCGGAUGAUGGGGAGGGGGGUGGAGGAGAUGAGGAGGACGAAGAGGUGGUGGACGAGGCAGAUUAUGAGGACGGCACCUGGGUAGAGGACAGAGAAGAGACAGAUUGGCCCAAUAGGUCAGAGCCUGUGCAGCAGCAGCAGGCUGAGUGUGGAGCGGGGGACUUGUACAACAGCUCGGCCCCAUCGCGACUCCACGGCCUGAGGCUCCGCAGGCUCCAGCGCUGGCAGAGGCCCCGCUCUCACACCAGUCUGAGGUCCCGCCUGUCCCAGCACUGGAAGGCCUGGCGCAUGCACAGCUAUAGGCGGGCCAGGAGGUGGCGUCAGCACCAUCUGCAUGGGGGUCGGCCCACUCGUAGCCAGCUGCUCAUCUGCCCGCGGCUGGGGAGCGCAUCACUGAACGGAGCUGCUCUCGUCUCACGGACGGAGCCCGGGACAGACUCGCAGCCCUGUGGGGUAAACGGUUUCUCUCAAGAGCCAUGCAAGGCAGAUGAUGCAGGAGACAGAGAGCAAAACAGUUCGCCCCCGGAUGCCUCGGCCAACGCACCUGCUUCCCCUCGUGACAAGCAAACACCUCAGAGCUUGCAGAACGCCUUGACCAACGAGCACGUCGCCAGUGUGCAAGGGAUCCUGGAUGAUGCAUUACAGCAGUAUGGCAGCUUGAUCCCCAUCCACGUGGACGAGGUGCUGGAGAAGCUGCAGGAUGUGUUUAAUGAGAGCUUCUCUCAGCCACACAGGAAGGCUGUGGUGCAGCACCUCAUUCAGUCCUACCAGCGACUGCCGGGAACAGCCAUGGUGCGCGGUUUCCGGGUCAAUUACAAACGGCACGUUCUCACCAUGGAUGACCUGAGCACGCUGUACGGGCAGAACUGGCUCAAUGACCAGGUGAUGAACAUGUAUGGGGAGCUGGUGAUGGACUGUGUGCCAGACAAGGUUCAUUUUUUCAACAGCUUCUUUUAUGACAAGUUGAGGACAAACGGCUACGAUGGAGUGAAGCGGUGGACAAAAAACGUGGACAUUUUCCAGAAGAACCUACUUUUCAUCCCCAUCCACCUGGAAGUGCACUGGUCCCUGGUUUGUGUGGAUGUCCCCCAGCGGACCAUCACCUAUUACGACUCACAGCGCACGCUCAAUCGCCGCUGCCCCAAGCAUAUUGCUAAGUAUCUGCAGGCAGAAGCAAUCAAGAAAGAGCAGAGGGAGUUCCUCAAUGGGUGGAAAGGCUUUUUCAAAAUGAAUAUAGCCAGACAAAACAAUGACAGCGACUGUGGGGCCUUUGUCCUACAGUACUGCAAGUGCCUGGCGCUGGGGCAGCCCUUCAGCUUCGGCCAGCAGGACAUGCCCAGGCUGAGGAGACUCAUGUACAAGGAGCUGUGUCACUGCAAGCUUUCUCUGUGACGUCCACCUCCGUUCUUCUGUGGGCAGCUGCAGGCCUCCAGCGUGCACUUUUGCUCCUUCAACUAGUAUUAUUCGACCCUGCCUUUGAGAUUUUUCCUUUAUGGUUGAUAGAGGCCAACUGUUCUGACAGUGUGGCUAUAGGGAAACACUUCAGUUCAAGCCCUGGUUGACAGUGAAGAUCUGUUAUGCGGACUUGGCCAAACAAAGACAUGAACAUGACUUUAAUUUUUCUUGUUUUUCUUGAUGUUGGUUAGUCCAUAAGAUGUGGAGAUUUUUUUUUUUUUUAAAGAAAUAUCUGAAGCUGUAAAGGAGCAUAUGAAAUGCAUACUUUUUUUUUUAAAUUGUUUCUAUGGCUGCUUGUUCAUCAGUUGUUUUUUCCCCUUUGUGGGGAGGUUUCUGGUAAUACAAAACUCAAUGUUUUAUAUGUUUGAAACCGAAUUGUGCUUUGAGUUGUUAAAAAUAAAUGGAAAGCUUGGGAUAAGAAGGCAAUAUACUGCAAAACAACUCCUUGGCAAAGGGGAAAAUGGACUUACUCAUUCAAGUGUUUCUUCAGCUCUCCUCUGUAUGAUGGUACUGCAAGCUACGAAGGAAGAAGGGGGCAGAAGUAAGGAUCUCUGCACUGUUGU